AUGUUCUCCCUUCAUAACAUUCGUAGAAUUAAAAGUGAGACUGAGAUUAUCCAAAUAGUCGCGGACAAUGGGCGUUCGCUGUUUCGUGUCACAGGAACACUCAAAGACAAUAAGAACAUUGCCUAUGCAGCUAUGGAAAACGAUCUCUAUGCAUUCUUGUACAUUUCCAACAGGCUCAAACAAGAUGAUGAAAUUAUGUCAUAUGUCCUCGAACGAAUAUUUCGACUCUUGGCAAGUGGAAAUUCCGAACACAUUGACUUUGUUCAAAAGACCUUCCUGCCCCAUAUGGAUAAAUCAUGUAAAUCCUUGUUGGUGAAUUUGAUGAAACGAGACGGCAUGCUGUUUCAGUUUUUGCGAAGUAAAUAUCUGGCAUGUUAUUCACUAGCCCUUCUUGCAGUGAAACAAAAUGCAAGAGCUAUAAAGUUUGUCCAUAAACCAAUCUAUGAGUACAAAACAUUGGCAAGGAUUGCCAUUGAAGGAGAUUACAAUGCAGCCAAGGAAGUGGUUGACCAACGAGCUUGGGAAAAUGAACAGCUAAUCGAAAGAGCCUUCAAGAUGAAAAACCUAUUGAGAAAUUGUGCAAAGUUUACUGACAUUAGCAUCAUUUCAUGCGACGAUGAGGAAGAUUCUGAAUAA